AUGGCGCCUCCCGCGACUGCGGAGCAGGUGCAGUGUUUGCUGCAGAAGUGUGGGGCCGCGGGCGUUAGUGUGUACGAACACCUCACCGACUUAGUCGCUGCUUUAAUAGCGCAGCAGCCCGAAGACCCUUACGAGGCUUUCGAGAGAAUUUCCGAGUCUUUGAAGGUCCUAAGGGGGACUAAGCAGUCCCGGGGGGCCCCCAGUACCCUGGGGGCCCCCCCCCUGGGGGCCCCCCCCCUGGGGGCCCCCAGUACCCUGGGGGCCCCCCCCGCGGGGGGCCCCGCGGCCCCUGGGGGGCCCCCCGCGCAGGGGCCCGCUGCCCCGGGGGCGCCAGCCCAGGGGGGCCCCCCCGAAGCGGGGGGCCCCCCUGGGGGCCCCCCGGGGGCCCCCCCGGGGGCCCCUGCGGGGGGCCCCCCGGGGGGCCCCCAGGGGCCCCCCGGGCCCUCUGAGGAGUGGCUGAAAGCGACGCGGCGGCUGCUGCAAACUGCAGACCCUCGGAAGGAGACAGAGUUGAACUUGGAGUUUGAAAACUUCGAAGAAACCAACAGACUGCUGAACUGGGGGGGAAAAGGGUUUGCUGCAGCAGAGGCUUUUCGAAUAAGUUGUGCGCUGCGGAGACUGGCGGAGACAGUCCCUGGAGUGGUGUUUUGCAGGUUUUGGGGGAAGUUGUUGGGGACAGAAGGGGACUAUAUAGUGGCGGAGACCAAGCUGCUGCAGCAGCAGCAGCAGCAGCAGCAGCAGCAGCAGCAGCAGCAGCAGGAGGAGGCGAUGGACCCGCGCGGCAGCGGCAGCAACAGCUACAGCUACUUCGUGCUGCAGGGCGACAGCAGCAGCAGCUGGGUGCUGCUGCCGGAUGUGCUGCCGAGCCAAAUUGCUGCAGCAAAGCAAAUCAAAAAGCUGCUGAGUGGAGACCUGGACAGACCACAGCAGCAGCAGCAGCAGCAGCAGCAGCAGCAGCAGCGGCGGCUGCGCGAGGAAGACCCCGUGCUGCCGCUGACGCGGGGGCCCCUCGAGGACCCCCCAGUACCCUCGGGGGGCCCCGCGUGGGCCCCCAGACUCGUCGGAGACACUUGCUGCCCCCGAGGAGGAGGAGGACUCCGAGGGGCCCCUGCUGCUGCUGUUGCAGUGCUGCGCAGCAGAAGCUGGCCGGGGGCCCUCGCAGUGGCCAGCAGCAGGGCCUUCGCCUGCGCCUACUGCGGCUGGGGCCUCCCCAGGGGGGCCCCCCCCUUCGCCCCGGGGGCCCCCCUGGAGGUCCAAAGAGACCCCACAGACUUCGAGGAGGCCCCUGAGCCUCGGCCAGGAGACGAAGAGCUUUCAGAUGGAGCUAGUCAUGAUGAGGAGACUGAGAGCCUCUCAGAAGUGCAAGAAGAAGAAGAAUCCGUUCAGGAGGAGGCCUAA